AUGGCCAUCUCACGUAGCGCAGGUGCUUCAGGCCAUGAGCGCAAGCGAAAACGCCAACGACGAGACUCCCCUGACGACUACUUGUCAGACAACAGCAACAAAGACGGCAGCGAUACGUCUCAGCAUGCAGCCGACAGUUCCUCGGCCGGUCAAAGCACCAAUUUCCGCAACGUGAGCGCCUGCAGUAGGUGCCGCUCACGCAAGAAUCGAUGCGAUCAGAGACUUCCGAGCUGUUCGAGCUGCGCCAAGGUUGGGGCAUCUUGUGUCGGAUACGAUGUAAUCACAAAAAGAGAAAUACCCAGGAGCUAUGUCUACUAUUUAGAGUGUCGAGUAGAAGAGCUGGAGAGAUUACUCGUCUCCAACGGCAUCUCUUUCCCGCCCGCAAGUAAUUUGGACUUGUGUUCUCGCAAGAACAACAAAGGCGACAGAGCAAAACCAACGUCAUCGGACAGAAAUGGUACCCCCGACUAUGAAGAACACCCACAUCAGGACCAUGGUAAAACUCUUGAUUUGGCAGACUGCAGCGACAACCCUUCCAGCACCAGCGCUUCCGACUCCUCAAACUCGGCAUCGCUGAGCACUCACACGGCUGCUGCCUUUAUGACUUUGACAUUCCAUACCAUCCAGACGUCUAUUUCAGACAAGAAACAUACCCUCAAAGAUUCCACGAAACGUCACCGCCCCUCCGAGACGGUGCAUUCCGCGCCCUUGACAUUACCCGAUAAAUCCCUUGGACUUCAGCUGGUCAGAGCAUAUUUCAAUCGAGCUAAUCCCCAGAUUCCCAUCCUUCAGAGCGGCUGUUUCAUGAACAUCUUUGAAAGGGCAUACUCAGGGGAAGGAAACGCGUUACGGCCUCGUGAAAAGUAUAUGCUAAACAUGGUAUUUGCCAUUGGCUCCAGCCACGGCUUCGUGGGUGAGCAAGCCAAGGACAUGGCCAUGGAAUCAUCAAGUCUCGUAACCAAAAGAUCCAAGAACAACGCAUCUCCCGAGGAGUACUAUUCAAGGGCCAUCGUUCACUUUGAUACCUGCUUGAAGUCAGACAUUAGCAGCCUGGAGGUAUUGCAGGCAAUUCUGCUCAUGGCUAGCUAUUCCCUUCUUCGACCUGUCAUGCCUGGCGUCUGGUAUAUUGUUGGAAUGGCUAUGCGCGUGGCCGUCGACCUCGGCCUUCAUUGUGAGGCCAGCAAUCCACCAACCCAUACACACAAUGGGACAGAACCUUCGAAACCGGAGAGUGCAGAGGAUGACCAAGUUCAGUCUGAGCAAACCGUAUACACGCGCAUUCGAGAAUUACGAAGACGGCUCUGGUGGUGCACAUACAGCUUAGAUCGCCUGGUGAGCAUAAGUGUCGGACGGCCAUUCAGCAUCAGCGACCAAGACAUCUCGACGCCGCUGCCCUCUCUUCAGGAGGACGAUGUUGAAACGGAAGCCAUAUAUUCGAGCCCUGGCGGCUCUCAAGACCAACAAAAGAGCUACAGGUACAUUACGCAUCAUUUCAUCAAGUUGCGGCUUCUUCAGUCGGACAUUUACGCAACAACACGAAACUACGAAGAGGCAACCUUGAAUGCGGCACCACAGUCAAGCGGGAAACUGACUGACUUCAAACUGACACACACCGUAGCAUCAACCCCCAGUCUAGAGUCGGAGCGCCUAUGGCUAGAAAACAUGGAGAAGCAACUCCGUGAAUGGAAAGCAACCGCACCGACUACCGAUGUCACGGGCGUGGCUUUCCCCAAAGCAAUAUUUGAGUUCUACUACUGGCAAACCAUCAUGCUGUUGUACCAACGCAAUGCGAAAAUCCCUACCCUAAUACAGGAGGUAAAGACGAUUCUACACGACCUGCAACUGUCGAAAACACCUGUCCCCAAUAAAGAUAAAGCCACGCAUCGGAGAUACCUAAAAAUAGCUGAAGCAGGACAGAAGGUCUUGCGAAUGUAUCGACAGCGACAUCUCAUCGGCUGCAUAAAGUACACUUAUAGUUCAGCUUUGUACCUCUUUUCGGUAGCUAUUUCAUAUUUACACGCGGUCGCGCAGUCGUCCGCCGUCCGAAGUCGUCUUAGCCCGGAUGACAUGGACUUUACCAUCUUGGCAGCCAAGUCCAUCUUUUCAGACAUGUUGGAUACUUGCUCAGAUGCAAAUCUGUGGAUGGACGCAUUCGAACUCACCGCAAAGGCGACUACCAAGAUAACGCGACUUUACGGCGACUUUGGCCAACAGUCUCAGCAGACGGAUUGGGAUGAAGAUGAGGCCGUACCCGAUGCGCCAGAUUCGACUUCCUUAUUACCAAACGUGUCUACCGGAACCGAUACAGGAUUCCAAAGCGAUAUACAUCCAACGCCUCGUCCAGCAACUUCAUCGUACCCCAGCCCUGAAGAAAACACAGAAUGUUGGGAUUUCGCAAACGAGAGUAAAUCGUUUGACUUUACAGAUGACAAUGCGUCAGCAUUAGAUACAAUGCUGCCUCCCUUGUCGCCGCUCGGUUCGCUCGGUUCAUCGCAGGAGAACUCAGAGACUCUAAGCACGAGCGAUAAGACGUCGUCCAAGGAGUUUCUUGAUCUGGAAACCAUAUGGCAACUUGACAGCCUUGCUACCGAGGCUCCUCACCUCUUUCGAACCAUGAGCCAAGAGCAUUAUACAAAGGAGAAUGGCAUGUUGCCAGUUGCGUGGAUGUCUCCGUCGCAGUUGUGCAGCCCGCAAAGUCUGGCAAGACUGGGCUGA